CCACAUACUGCUUUCUUGUUAUCAAUCAUUAUCGAUAAGAAGGAGAGGGAGUUGAUCUCAAUGAGAUCAUCUCAUUCACGGCUUUCAUCUUAGAUGAUUACAUACAUUUCCCCUACAUUUUAUCUAAUAAUAAAAACAAACCUUUCAGGCACCAAUUUCAUUUUGCGAAAUGCGUCACGCUCCAUCCUACCAUGGCGCCAAUCCGCCGUUACCUCCGCAUAACCAAAUAUUCGGUACUAGAAUGCCGCAUAUACCUUGACAACCCUGCACUUGUUCAUACUUGGCUCCUUAACCCGAGAAAUCCCGUAUUAACGAGAGUUAUCGAGAGCGUGAGACCGCUUGUAUUACCCAAAUUGCGCGAGGAGCGAGAACGAAGUCGAAAAAAGAGUACCAAGAAGAAAGGGAUCAAGGAUGUAGUGGUCGAAGAUGAUUUCGAGGUAUCCAUAUUCCUCACCGAGACUGCUACCCGCCACGCGCUCCUCACAAAACAUAAGCACUUCCAUGACACCACGCAAACAAGACUUACAUCAAAUUCGGGUCGUCUGAUUGGUGAGAUGAACGAUGCACCUAUCGACGUCGAUGCUACAACAGAACUUGGUCCACAAAUUAGGCAUGAAGAGAGCGACAAUGAAGAUACCGCUGCUACCUUGGCCGCCAUUCCGGCGGUAGACGAAACCGCGACGGGUACUAGCAGCGGCAGGCGACCCAAGCGCGGCCGCAGGAACACAGAUGCAGAUACAGAAGCAGACGCAGACGCAGAUCGCGACGUAAAUGAUCAACAAACCAAUGAUGUGGAGAUUUUAUCUGAUAGCCAAGACGGUGAGGAUGACGGCCUAUUCGUUGAUGAUGAUCAUGAUGAGGAGGAGGAUGAACCAAAUAACGACGCUAGCACGCGGCCGCCACCGGCCAAGAAACGCAGAGGGGAGGCACCAGCGCUGCCGGAGGGUAGCAAUGUCGAGAACGACGAUGAUAAGAAAAAACUGGCUAUGGACAUCUCGUACGAGGGAUUUUCUAUCUAUGGACGUGUAUUGUGCCUCGUUGUCAAGCACCGCGAAGGUAACAUCGGCGCCGGCCCCCAACCUGCGGGACGCGGCAGGACGUCGGGUACGGGCGGAAUCCAUGCGACGAAACAUGGGGGCGGAGGCCAGGCCAUGAUGGAAAACUUUAUCAUUUCCACCCAAGUACCGGCGGGCGCAGACAUGUCGUGAACAGUACCCGCAACAGAUUCGCGGCUGUCGCGGUAGCAUUUAUGCACGUUACCCUCUAAUCCUCAAACUUUGACCACGUGGGUUAUAUGAUCCAGUCGACAGCCAUGAUUUUCUUUAGUUAAUAUCUGCCAUCGCAUAUCUGCGGUAGCCUACUAGACCCAGGCGGUCGCAUGUAGUUCCAGAGCAAUCUAUUUGACAGACUAUAUCAUCGUAGAGAAAUGGCAGAUCUCUUGAUACGGUGUGUAUGCGGGCUCAAAACAAAGGCCGUUGAAAUCAUCCAUUAAUUGUCGGUCUUCAAGAAAAAAACAAACUCAGAUCCUUCUGCGGUGCAACACGACCAAAGCAUACUCAAGUAUUCCACUAUGUUGUUUUCAAGGUGGAACUCAUCAUAUUACGUCCCCAAAAGUAUGAAGACCUCAUAGAUUUUCCUACAUGUUACCUCAAUGUAGUUACCUUUUUAUGCCACGUAGUAUAUGCAAGACAGGUACACCAGCCCCUUUUUAUGAGAUAGACUAAGCAAUCAAGACUCCCAUUUGAGAACUACAA